AUGAACUCUGAAAGCCUCCCAGACUAUCUGACCAUCCCGGGGAAAACCAUCCCCAGUUUUCACUGCCGUGUUGGCAAAAAGCACGAUGAACGUCAGCCUCAGCCAGCCAACACGUACGGGUACCCUGUGCCUAGUGUGCAAGCACCUACUCCUACGUCUGUCAUGGCCCUUGACUACUUUGCGAGUGACCAAACCUGGGGGAACAUACUAGCCCAUGGAGACUUUGACUACAUUGUUGUCGGCUCAGGAUUUACUGCUCUUGCAUUCAUUCAAAAAGCUCUGGAACUGAAUAAGAAUGCUAAAAUCCUUUGCUUAGAGCGUGGGGGAUUUUGGCUUCCUUCCCACUUCCAAAAUCUACCAAUCCCUUUCAAAAUGGUCCUGGGAGGCCCUUCUGAGACAUUUCCCUGGACUCUCUCACGUAAGACCUUUGAAACAAAAGAGCUCAAGUUUUGCCAUGGAUCUUGCCCAUUCUUCGGUGGCCGAUCAACAUUUUGGUCCGCUUGGAGCCCUCAGCCAAGUCCAGACCUCAUGCGUGACUUUCCUGAGACCAUGAUCGAGACCGCCAAACAAGACAAAUUCUGGAACGACGCCAAAAGCCUUUUGAACGUCACAUCCGCUGCUGAGAUCAAGGAUGGUGUCUUUGGAACCCUGCAAACUGCCAUCGAUGCCAUUCUCAAAACGAGGGUUAGCAAGAUUCCUACUGCUGACUAUGCUGAGUCGGCCCCUCUUGCUGUCGGGCGCCAAAGCCCAACUUCCCGUCUGCGGUUUAACAAAUUCUCUGUCCCCGGCCCUCUUCUCGCCAUCUUGGAACGCCAGAGACAACUAGCCAAAAAAGACGAGGGAGCGCCCUUGGAAAUAAUGGUUGACUGCGUGGCGAAAACCAUGACCAAAGGCGAUGAUGAUAAUUUCGUCCGCGUUCUCGAAACCAGCAAGGGCACUUUGUCUUGGACCGGGAACAAGACUAGAAUUAUCCUCUGCUCUGGAGCCAUUCCCAACGCUACCAUGUUGCUGAACUCUUUCGAGGAGUGUCGUGAGAUCGUCGGAAAGAGGCUUACUGGCCAUUUCGUGACACACAUCUCAGCCAGAUGCCCCGUGACUAACAUCAAGCGAUGGAAAAAGGAAGACACCCUCAAUAUGGCUGCUGCAUACGUGGCUGGUAAGCAUCCUCAAAACGGCCUACAGUAUCACGUCUCGGUCACGGCCGUGAACAGUCCCCACCCGGUACACGAUGUAGAGGACGCGGCUCGUGAAUGUCCUGAUUAUGCUGCUGCGGCGACCCUUGAUCAGCUUACUGACUCCGAGGACUACGUUGUAUUUGUUUGCUCAGCUCUUGGAGAGUUUAGCGAGAAGAAUACCGAUAACCAUGUCAAGCUCAAUAAAGGUACUGACCCAACUUGCAACGUCAACCUCCAAUAUACUUUGAGCAAAGACGAUUAUGCCUGUUGGGACGUGAUGGAUACAGCAACUUAUGAUACCGUUAUACAAAUGGCAGGUGGCCACGAACACGAGUCGGAUAUCGACUGGUGGGAUGAAGAAAGUCAUGCCUGGAUCAAGACGAAACCAGCAGUCGAUACUAUCCGAAUCCCCGGUAUUGUUCAUGAAUCUAGCACUUGCUUCAUGGGACCUAAGGCAAGUGGUGGUUCAGUUGAUGAGCUUUAUCGUCCUCAUGGGAUUGAGAAUGUUCACGUCACUGGGGCUGCCCUUUUCCCCACUGCGGGUAGUUGGAAUCCCACGAUGACCAUGUGUGGCUAUGCUCAAGAUUUGGCCCAAAAGCUACAUGACAUAGAGUGUCAAGAGAAGAAAUAA